UUAUUCAAAUUAACAAGAUAAAAAAAAUAAUCAAUAAAUAUAAUAAAAUAAAUAAAAAUAAUAAGAAUCAAAUUAAAUCUAAUAAUAAUAAUAAUAAUAAUAAUAAUAAUAAUAAUAAUAAUAAUAAUAAUAAUAAUAAUAAUAAUAAGAUUAGGUUAAAAUAUAAUAAGAUUAGGUUUAAUAAUAAUAAUAUUAGGUUUAAUAAUAAUACAAUAAUAGCUUUUUUAAAAUCUUCUAAUAAUAAUUAAAAAGCAUAAAUGAAAAAGUAAAAGCCAAUACCUAUAAUUAUUUUAUAGAAGAUGAAAAUAGAAAUGUCCAAAAACACAUUAAAAAUUAUAUAAAAAAACAUUUUAAUGAUUAAACAGGAAAUAAAUUCGAAGGUGAAAAUAAUUUAUAAAUAGAAUUUACUCCGGAAUAAAUGCGUUAAUAAAUCAACGAUUUAUUCAAAACGACAGAAGGAGAUGGUGUAUAAAGCAUAAUUGACCGUAUUAGAUUUUACGAAAAGCAAGCUGGAAUAAUUGAGUCUUAUCUAGUAUAAAGAAUACGAGAAUCUGAGUAAUUUAUAUCAAUUAAAACAAACACUGCACGUAUUUUACGUCUAGAAAACCAUACACUAUAGAAAAAAAUCCGUCAAUUAUAAAAUCUUCAAUAAUAACUAUAAAAUGACCUAAAUGACGACUAAAAAAAAAGCUCGACAGUAAAAAAUAGUUGUACAACUUAAAAAAAUGAACCUAAUAAUGAAUUAAAUUAAAGCCAAAAUUGUUCAUUGAAUAAAUAAAAAUAAAAUUAAGUUUAAUUUUCAUAAUCAUAAUUAUAGUCUAGGUAACUUUUAAUAGAUAAUUUAAUGACAAAUGUAUAAAAAAUAAAUGAUAUAGAAAGCGAAAUAGCCAAAAUAAAAAAAAAUAUAUAAAAUUAUACCAAUAUAAUAGACAAAAAUAAUAAAAAAAUAUAAGAAAACGAAAGAGAACUUAAUAAGAAAAAAAAAGAGUAUAAAAAUUAUAUUAAAGGAAAAAAAAUCUUUCUCUUUGAAAAUCUCAAAAUAGGAAAAGAUUGCCGAAGUGAAGGACUUGCCUGGAUUAUUCAAAGUAUUUGGAAUUCUGGUGAAAAAGUCUUUGAUUCUUAACUUCCUGAUUUUUUAGAUUAAAAAGCUAAGGAAUUUUUAAUUUUUAGGGCUUAAAAAUCUUAAGAAUUAUAAGAAAUAGUCUCUAUUUUAAAUAUUUCAUUGAAUAUUUAUAAGGCUAAUAUGUUAAUUAGUAAGUAUAUGGAUUCAAUAGAUGGAUUUGUAAUAGAAGAUAUUUAUAAAACUGAUAAUAUAUAGAAUAGCUAAAUAGAAAACAAUUUCUAGAAUUAUGAUUUGAAUAUUAAUUUAGGUAAAAUUAAUGUCAGUUAAAUCAAGUAUGAAGAAACUAUCAAAAGAAAAAUCGAAAAAAUGGAUGAUAUAGAAGAUCUUACUUAAGGAAUCGAAAAUAGUUAGAAAAAUAUCAUUUAAAGAACUCUAAAUGAGUUAAAUACUUCCAAAUUAACUACUAAUGAUAUUAUAUAUAAUGAGACUUAAAAAAAUAUUAAACUUCUUAUUAAAAACUCGAAAUUUAACUUCUAAUAAUAGUUUAUAUAAUAAAUUGAAAAUACUAUAGAUUAAAAAAGUAAUAAUUAAGUUUAAAGCAACUAAACUAAUUAAAAUUUUAUUUAUGAGAAUAAUGCAAUUAUAAAGAAAUAUGAAAACAGAGAAGAAUUUGUUAAAGAAUAUGAAUCACUUUCUAAAAAAAUAGAAGAAAAAACUAAAAUGAUUAAAAAGUAUGAAGAUGAGGAAUUAUAAAGAAUUAUUAAAGAAUAUGAUUUUAAAUAAUAUAAAAAAAGAAUGGGAGUACCUUGUUCUACUGUUUUAUGCGCUUUAUUCGGAUGUUAUAAAGCGGAUCGUGAGUUAAUAAGAAAUGGGAUGACUAAAUAAUGA